AUGAGUAAUAACAAAGAUGAUCAAGUAAAGGUGGAGACUAUUGAUAAUGAAGUAGUGAAGGAAGCAGAAUGCAGCUGCUGUGGUCUGAAAGAGGAGUGCACCGAAGCAUACAUCACCCAAGUUGAGGUCUCUUACAACGGAAAAUGGGUCUGCGGCCUUUGCUCCGAAGCAGUCAAGGAAAUGAUGACGAGAUCUCCUAAAACUGCCAUUGACGAAGCUGUGAGCUUUCAAUGGGAGUUUUGCCACAAGUACAAUACUACUACCAGGCUCAAUCCAAAGCUCUCCUUCACCUGUGAUAUGAGGGAUUUUGCCAAAAGAACCUCUCAGACUAAAGACUAUGAUUCCAAUAAGCUUUUUCGAAGCGUUAGCUGCGUCCCAAGAUUUCAUCUUAAAAAGUAUUAG